AUGUUGCGCAGGAACACGUUGGCGUUCUCUUUGAUUCGCCAAACGCUGCCGCUUCUAGGCAGCAAAGGUGGAACGCCGAAGCGAAAGAAGAAUCCCAUGCAGCUGCGUCGGAAGGUGUACGGCCUGCACUUCAAGGAGAAGUACUUGAAGACGGAGGAGUGGUAUUACUGUCCACUUUGUGCUGAGCCAAAGAAACAGGGGGAGUGGUGUCGCCGUGAGGACUGUCGCCAAAUCAAGCCGUAG